CCGCUACAGGUGCCUCUGACUUCCUGGUGUGAGUGUUCCUGAACUGAGAGCAGUGUGAGUUGUGGUGUUGUCCUCAGACUCUUGUGGGAACUGGCACCUCCUGCCUCUCCUGUGCCUUCCUGCCAGGCUGAGUGACAGUCCUCAGCAAGCAAGAGGAGUGGAAGGGGAGCACAGCUCGAGCCUUGGACUGUGGGAGGAUGGCUGAGUUCUGGCUGCCUUCUCCCUGCUCAGAGUAUUUCCCAAGAGAAAAACUUCUUCCCAGCAUGACAAGUGGGAAGGCCCCAAAUUGUGAACUUUCUAAGCUUUUCAGUGAGAUGUGGGAUGCAGAUGUUCAUCGCCUUAGGCCUGGGAAAGACUACACAAUUGAUGUGCAGGGAAAAGCAGGUCCAGCACAGCAAGGGGACAGUGCUGUCCAGGACAACGCCAGACAUCUGUUUCACAAUUUAUGCGAAGAACGCCUGAGGAGCAUAAAAACUUUUGCAACCUUUAUUUCCUUAUCGGACAACUAUGAGACAUCAACUGGUGUAGCAGAAGUAGUGACUCCAGAAGAAAUAGUUGAAAACAACUGUUUCCUUAAUGCUAUCUUAGCAACAGAAGUCAUGAGACUAGCUCAUGACUAUCUGCUGAAAAAAAACCUAGCAAGGCCAAACCUUGCUGAUUUCAAACAUCAGCUUUAUGAAAUCUGGUUCCAGCUCUAUGCCAGGAAAGAAGGAGACAGACCUGAUUCUUGUGGUUUUGAACAUGUUUUUGUUGGAGAGACAAGGCAUGGUAAAGAGAUCUUAGGUUUGCACAACUGGGUGCAAUUUUACCUUCAGGAAAAGAGCAACCAGAUUGAUUAAAAGGGAUACGUAGCUCGGAAGAACAAAACCAGGCCUGAUAGAGAUGACCAAGUUUUGAGCAUCCAGUUCAGCUGGAAGGGCUCAGUCAAGCCAGUUGGAAGCACCUUUAUUGGUGUCAGCCCGGAGUUUGAAUUUGCCCUUUACACAGUCAUUUUCCUGCUGUCUGAAGAAAGAGUCACACGUGAAACAGUGAAGAUAAAUGAGUGUGAGCUACAGAUGGUUGUCUGGCGCCAUGGGCACCACAUUGGAACAGCAUAUCCAGUACUGCUCAGCACCACUAGUGAAGAUUAGUGGAGUGAGCAGAAAACUUCCUUUUUUUAAAUUGAGGGAAAGGAGGAGUGGUGGAGACAGGAGGAGUGGAUGGGGGGUAGACAGGACGAGACAGCAAAGUUAAUAUGGUAUUUUAUAAAAUUAAUUUCAAGUAAAAAUUGAUGACUCCGUCUC